AUGAGCGAAACCACGCGGCUCAAGAGCACUGUCUAUGUAGGCGGCCUUGACCAGGCAGUGACUGCGCAUACACUUGCCGAAGCCUUUGUUCCGUUCGGCGAGGUCGUUGAUAUCUCGCUGCCCAAACCCGAGCAGCCUAACUCCAAGGACGUCCACCGCGGAUUUGGAUAUGUGGAGUUCGAUCUGCCCCAAGACGCCAAAGAGGCCAUUGACAACAUGGAUGGCAGCGAGAUCUAUGGACGUACGAUUAAGGUCGCUGCUGCGAAGCCACAGAAGGAUGCCAAUGAGGGAUUAGGUAGCAAGACUGCGAUCUGGGAACAGGAGGGCUAUUUGGCCAAGCAUGUCGUCAGCGAGGAGGACCGGUUAGCAGCUGAGGAAGCUCAAGCAUCAAGCAGUCGUCCCCAAGAUGCUAUGCAGGGCUUGGAACAAUUAGAUGUUGCCGGGCCGAAGGCCGAGUGA